ACGCUGGUGAAUUCCCCAGGCAGGUCCAACACACAGACUGAAUGAGUCCAUCUUUGACUGUCGGACGGACUCCUCAAGAGCACAGGACGGAUGCAAACAGAAUAAACACAUCUUGGCAAUUCACACAAACACCUUCAGCGUCUCCGCCAACGGUGCUCUAACAGAACGGGGUGACUCGCACACCGGAGGAAAAGUCGUUUCACGGGCAGGGAGAAGAUGCCAUUCCACCAUGUGCGGGCGGGCCUGCUCUAUCCAGACAACUACCUGAGCAGCUCCCUGGCAGAGGGGAACGAAGCCUUCCAGCUCACCAGCCUCUCCACUGAGGAGCUGGGAGAGAUCCGUGAGGCGUUCCGUGUUCUGGAUCGUGAUGGGAAUGGUUUCAUCUCCAAACAGGAGCUGGGCAUGGCCAUGCGUUCCCUGGGUUACAUGCCCAGUGAAGUGGAGCUGGCCAUCAUCAUGCAGAGACUGGACAUGGAUGGGGACGGUCAGGUGGACUUCGAGGAGUUCAUGACGAUACUGGGGCCCAAGCUGCUGUCAUCUGACAACAGAGAAGGAUUUCUAGGCAACACCAUUGACAACAUCUUCUGGCAGUUUGACAUGCAGCAGCUGUCUCUGGAUGAGCUGAAGCAGGUGCUGUUCCACGCCUUCCGGGACCACCUGACAAUGAAGGACAUAGAGAACAUUAUCAUCACCGAGGAGGAGAGCCUCAAUGAAACCUCAGGGAACUGCCCUGAGUAUGAGGGAGUUCAUCCCAAGAAGAAGAAUAGGCAAACAUGUGUCAGGAAAAGCCUGAUCUGCGCCUUUGCUAUGGCUUUCAUCAUCAGUGUCAUGCUUAUCGCAGCCAAUCAGAUGCUGCGGAACGGCAUGGAGUAA